ACGCCGCCGCCGACGCCCUCGCCUACGGCUAGGCCGUCGCCCGCGCCGUCGCCGGCUCCCACGCCACGACCCUCGCCAGAGCCCUCGCCGGCGCCGUCCUCGCGCCCUACACCUACUCCGACGCCACGGCCCACGCCGACGCCCUCGGUUGUGCCCACGCCGCGGCCCACGCUCGAACCGUCGCCGGCGCCGUCGUCGCGCCCGACACCUGCGCCGACGCCGCGGCCAACUCCACAUCCGACCGUCGCGCCGUCGCCGGCUCCGACGCCUCAACCGACGCCGCUGCCCUCGCCGGCGCCUACGCCCCGGCCGACGCCGCGACCGACGCCACUUCCGACCUCGGCGCCGUCCGCGAAGCCUACGCCUCAGCCGACGUCGACGCCUACGCCGCGACCGACGCCCGCGCCCAGCACGCGCCCAACGCCGAGCCCGUCUCCGGCGCCGAGCCCGGGGCCGACCACACGACCUACGCCCGCGCCGUCGGUCACACCGGGCAGCCCGACGGCGUCUCCCGUCUUUGCGCCGACGGCAAGACCCACGCCGGCGCCGAGCCCCAAGCCCACGUUUUUGCCGUCGCCCGGGCCGACGCCGGGCCCGACGCCGGGCCCCUCUUCGCGACCGACGCCGGCGCCCUCGUUUGUGCCCACGCCGCGACCCUCACCGGAGCCCUCGUCGGCGCCGUCCUCGCGCCCGACACCAAUGCCCACGCCGCGGCCGACGCCGGCGCCCUCAUUUGUGCCCACGCCGCGGCCCACGCCCGAACCGUCGCCGGCGCCGUCGUCGCGCCCUACGCCUGCGCCGACGCCACGGCCCACGCCGGCGCCCUCCUUUGUGCCCACGCCGCGGCCCACGCCCCAACCGUCGCCGGCGCCCUCGCCGCGGCCGACGCCUGCGCCGUCGCUCCGGCCCUCGCCCGCGCCGACCGCGGCCCCGUCGCGCAAGCCGAUCCCAAUGCCCACGCUGCGGCCUACGCCCGCACCAACAACGGCGCCGAUACCCGGUCCGACUCGUGCACCGACGCUGCGACCAUCGCCUGCCCCAACGCUGGAACCGACUUCGUCGCCUUCGCCGGUGCCGACAUAUCUGCCUUCGCCCGGGCCCACGUAUGAGCCGUCGGCGGCGCCCUCCCCCGGACCAUCCGCGGGACCGACGACGCGACCUUCGCCCUCGCCGACGCCCGAGCCCGGCAACCCGACGGCGUCUCCUGUCUUCGCGCCGACGCCGAGACCAAGCUCGACGCCAACGAAGCGACCGACGCCUGCGCCGUCGCCUGCGCCGUCUCCGAGGCCCUCGCCGCGGCCGACGCAGCGACCUUCGCCGCGACCGACGACGGUGCCGACGCUUCGGCCCCAACCCGCCCCGACGCCGCGACCCACGAACCAGCCCGUUCCGAGCCCGACGCGCGUGCCCACGGCGCGGCCCACCAUUCUGGAGACGGCUGCACAAAAGGUCACCGGGAAAACGGACCCGCUUCUCAGCAAUGCUGCCCUCAUGCUCUACGCGUCGUUCGUCGUCGUCUCCUUCACCGCCCUCGGAGGACGAAUAGCCUGGGCUCGCGGGCGGCAAAAAAGCCGCGCGCCUCAGCUACCCGUCAACGCAUCACCGGAAGCCACGCAUCCGCCGCCGGCGCGCCAGCACCGGCCGCCACCACAAGCCAAACAUCCGCCGCCGGCGCGCCACCACCGGCCGCCGCCCCCACCACAUGCCCCUAGCACCGUCGACGCGAAGUCCGCGCGAUGGCGUCGUCGCUCCCUGGACCUCCCCCCGCCGCCGCCCCGGUACACCUCUGCGACGCCGCCCCGGUACCCCAAGGUCGAAUGCGAGGAUUCCUCUGGAGAUCGUGUGUGGUGGGAAGUCAGUAGCGUCUAAAACUCUGUCAAAUAACCG